AUCCUCCAGACCAGUAGAUGGCGGUAACGGUGCAUGAUGUGUUAAAAGGAAGAACACGUUCAAGUUCCUGAUGUUCUGUUCUCCUGAAGCCAGCAGUGGUGUUUGACGCCAUCAAAUAUGCAAAUCUUUGUGAAAACCUUGACGGGUAAAACCAUCACCCUUGAGGUGGAACCCAGUGAUACUAUCGAGAAUGUGAAGGCCAAGAUUCAAGACAAAGAAGGUAUUCCUCCCGACCAACAGCGACUCAUCUUCGCUGGCAAACAGUUGGAGGAUGGCCGCACGUUGGCAGACUACAACAUUCAGAAAGAGUCCACUCUUCAUCUCGUCCUGCGUCUGAGAGGAGGUAUCAUCGAGCCUUCCCUGAGACAGCUUGCACAGAAAUACAACUGUGACAAAAUGAUCUGCCGCAAAUGCUAUGCACGUCUUCACCCCCGUGCAGUCAACUGCCGCAAAAAAAAGUGUGGGCACACCAGCAACCUGCGCCCCAAGAAGAAGCUGAAGUAAACUAGCAUUCUCUUUGAUAUUUUGUCAAUGUUUUCAAUAAUAAAAUUGAAAUGGAAAAGACUGUCA